ACGCCAUGUGCCCUAGACAGCGACUGCAACUGGAUUAUUCAUCGCCAUCGCCAUUGCGGAUCGACGAUGCACACAAACAAAGCAAGCAACAGUGUUAGUUACAACCAUGUCCAAAAAAUAUAUACCUCGGUCCACCUCCUCUCCUCCCACACCACACCCUCUCACUUGCUCAGCUGCACCAACCCACCCACUCAAGAACCAACCAGCGCAGCAGCUGCCUGAGCUUUUGAUGAGCAGUUGAUGAGCUAGCUUAGGUACAGUCACGGAGUAAGCAGCUAGUUGUUACUCACUUACUUGUUAGUCGAUCGGAUCGCUUUGCCAUGGGCAACUGCAUCCAGCGCAGCGGCAGCAGCGCCGUGGCCGGAGAAGGCCGCCCGGCGGAGAGGAGCGGCUGGAGAAGGAGCUCCGGCGGGGACGGGGAAGAAGACCACGGGGCGGCUGCGGCGUCGGUGGUGAAGGUGAAGGUGGUGCUGACCAAGGGCGAGCUGGGGUGGCUCGUGGCGCGGCUCAAGGAGGCCGGCGAUCGCCGCCUCGAGGACGUGCUCCACGAGGUGGCGCGCAAGCGCGAGGACCGGGCCUCCGCUGGCGGCGGCGGCGAUGGGUGGCGGCCCAGCCUCGAGAGCAUCGUCGAGUGCCCCACCGAGGAGACGGAGGCCGCCGCCGGCGCCAGCUCCGAUGACUAGCUAGAAGCCGCGCAGCCGUCAUGAGUAUUUCUUUUCUUCUUUCGCGUGAAUUAUAUAUCGAUCUCCUUCCAGAGCCUCUGGAUUGAGUCAGUGGAAAAAAAAACCCUGCAGGGUAGACCAAGUUCAUCGCUGAAGAGUGGUUACAUUAGCUAGCAACCGUGCAUUAGGGAUAAUCCAAGUAAUUAGCGUCCAGCUGCUUAGUUCAUUAGUGUUGUUAGCAUUUGCAGCUUUUGUUUUUCUUUCUACCCUUUUGCGCGUGUGUUAUGUAUAUACUCCCUUCGUUCCAAAUUAAAAGACAUUCCAACAAUCUCCUUCGUUCUAAAUUAAAAGAUAUUCCAACAA